AUGGAUAACACGAGUCAAUACCAUAUACAGAUAUGCGUUGAGGCUAGAAAUGACAUUCUAGAUGUGCAAUACACAAAAGGAGCUACCGUCCAGCAUGUAUUGGAAACUGCGUGUAAGACGCUUGGGAUUGAUGAUUCAUGGAAUUAUGCGCUAUAUAGUAAAUUGCUCGAGCAAUGGUUAAGCGAGUCAUAUUCAUAUUUUGAAGAGGAGAUGUUGUUAUUACGGAAGAAAACGCCUGAAUACUACCGUCUUGCGAGCGGAUCACAGGCAACAGGUAAAUCACCUGUUGACAAUGAAAAUUUCUGGUCAAACUGUUUCAAUCGAGCUGUAGAGAAACUACGCAAUGAGAUAGCGCUCCCACAUUUAGGAGUCAUCUACGACCAUGUUGUAAUUAUGACAAGCUCAAAGACAAAAUUCAUAAUCACCGUCCAGUACUUGCCAUACUCAUCAAAAGACGAACUUGCGUCAGAAAUAGUCAAGUCAGGAAUACUCAAGUGGAAAUCGCUUGACGAAUUGAACGCCAUAUACGCAAAGGACAGUUGCCCGAUAUGGACCAAUUAUUUCUCAUUCUGGUGCUCUCGUAAAUCAAGACUAUCCCCGGGACUAUACGUCGGAUUACUCCAUACCGAGAGUUCUCUCCAAAGUCUGCGCGUAUUAGUACAGAAAGAUCGCAAGCAGUUUAUUCCACUGGAGAAGAUACGCGACGAAGCAUCAAUAUCGUCCGAGGAAGCUUCUUGGAUAAAAUCAUUGAGUCGUUUGAAUCCUGACGAGUUCGGAAACUUGGUUGAUUCUAUCAAGGAUACCAACAAUGAAAAUGAAAAUUCAUUGGCACUGACAAAAUUUCAGCGUGCUUUUGUGGAAUCGUAUUAUAAAUUACAAAGUGAUACGAAACUCAUGUGGGAUUCUGGUGAUAUUUAUGGGGAACACACCGUAGACGUGUACUAUAACCAGGAAACAAGACAGAUGUUUAGUAUUUUGGAGGAUUUGAAUGAAGGCCAAUGCAAUCGGAUCACAGAAAUGGAACCUAGCGGCGCAAUCGAUUCUGGUGGAAAGCCUGCUGCUAGCAAUAAUGAGCGAGCCAAUACUACAAGCCCAAAUCUAACGAUAACCUCAUCCCUUGCCGUCGAAGAUUCUCAAAACAUGUGUCAAGGACAAAUACCAAAGAAACCGUUUAUAAAAAUUAUUCUACUCGUAAAACCGAUGAGACAACCACAUCAACUACGCGAUUUAUACGUAUCAGAGAAACAUACCUUUUACCCUUUUUCGCUUUUUGAUGCGUUACAGCAUUCGACACUAAACGCAUCGUUGUACUCAUCUUCCCGUCGUGCAAUGCAGAUACUUCAUGCAAGUCAAGGAUACUUUUCACGUGAACUUGUUCGUCGCUUGCAUGAAUGUAACAUUACACUUGACAAUUCUGAGGGGAAUGGAAUGAACUUUGACGAUUGUUUGUUAGAUCCACAAGUACUUGGGAGUUUACCUGAUAUUGUGAAAAGUAUCAAAUCCGCAUUAGAUAUCAUACGCGAAGAAACGAUUCUCUUGAAGAACCAAUGGAAUACCGCAUCAUGGUCCAUGAGUGUGAUAGAAUGGGAUCGACAGCGUACGAUGGGCAGAUACAAUUUUGACCAACCCUUAACAGGUAAUAAAUGUAGUUUCGGACGAUCAACCUGUAAGCAUAUUCUACGUAAAGGUGCUCAAACAUCCCAAGCUAUCGUUCCGCUCGCCAAAAACCUUCAUACAAGCACAAUAGACACUUUUUCGCGCAUAGGUUUCCUUCUCGAAACAAUGAAACAUGCUCCAGAUCGCGCAUGGAAUCAUAUUUGCUCGAUCAAUGCUCCGAUACCGAUAGUUAGGUUUGGAAAAGGUGAUACAUUUAUUACAAAAGCAAAGUUGGACCCAAUAUUGGCGAACUUUUUGGCCAGUACCCUGUUCGUAGAUGAGGAACGUGAUGACGAUGUAGGUGAAGUGGAUAAAUGCGAUAUGGUAAAGGUGUCUGGAAAAGUGGAUAAGAAAGGAAAACUGGGAAUGAAGAAAAGCAGAAAAACAGAGACAAAGAAGAAGGCGUCCAGGAAAAAUAUUAUGAGGUCUCUUGGAUUCGGAAGCGGGAAAAACGGGAAUGAUAUUAGUAAUACUAGUGGCGAUAACGACAGUAGCUUUCCGGCCGAAGAUAUCAAAAAGCCAGCGUCUAGGGACUUAUCAAAAAUGAAGAUGAACGGUGAACUAUCCAAAAUAGAUAGGGAUACUUUGUCAAAAUCUUAUUUUUCUCCUUUGACCUUUUCGCUUCCAAGCAUGUCGCCUCUUUUUCUAGACGAAGAUAAUAUCACAAAUUAUCAAAAUUUCGAUGAGCACAAAACUGCGGAGACAUCGGGAAUUCCUGUAAAAGAUGAUAAAAGAGUGGAGCCGGAAUUGAGUGAUAGACGCAUGUAUGAUGCCGGAGCUCUUAUUAAAUCCGAUAUCACAACUCAACGGGAUUAUUUGAAUGACGGAUUAAGCGACGUUUCAAGUUGCAGCUCAAGUGACAGUUCUGCUCCCGUUUCAAACCCUUCUACGCUCACUCCAAUAUCUAUCAAUGUUUCUGCCAAUCCUUUCGUACCCGCCCUCGCUAUCCCUCCAUCUUCUCCAAAAACACUCUCUCCUCUCCCGCCGUCGCCCACUCCAUCGUCCCCCCGCAUUCCACCUCCAACUCCAACAGAAGCAAAAUUGGCAAGCCCACAACCGACUACACCUACAAACUCGCUAACCGUUGUAAUGGACUAUUUUAGUCAUGUUAAAAAGAAAGAUAGAGCACAAUCACCUGCACCGUCACCCGCAACGCCUGAUGGAAGAGAUGUACGCAAUGAUGGCUCGAUUAAUCAUCCCAAUAGCGGAAAUGCAACUUCAAUUGGCUCAGCUGGAUCUGAUGAACGUCCAACCAAUUCUCUUGCACUUUUCUCGUCGACUACCGAAAGAGAAGGUCUCAACCGCACGACAAACUCUCUCACGCAAAACAAUAAAAUAUCAAACUUAAACCUUGAUGUACAGACUUUCAGGAAAACUGGUGGCCUUCACUCCAAAUCAGCCCCUUCAUCGCCUUCGAUAAAGAGGUUUAAUGCAGAGCCGUUUCCGUUUGCACCCAGAGUAAGGCAGAAGGGAGCGGGUGAUCUGAAUGAAGAAGACAAGUGCGAAAGUGAAAAAAUAAACAAGACUCAAAAUGAUCCUCUUAUGAACAUUGUUACUCCAGUUUUGACCACGAAAGCCUCUUCAACUCGUAGUUUAUCAACGUUUAGCGAUCCACAGCAAAAGCAAACGCUGCAUUCGCAGACAUCAUCUUCAUCUACCCGUGACUCCCAAAAAAGUUCGACAUUUUCAAGCCCUGUAAUCUCACGCACUGGAAUAUCACUGAAUGCUGGCAUCCAUCCAUUUCCAUUUACUCCUAAACCACCUCUUCCUUCACCGGCCUUACUCGCAAAAUUGGAGAGUAGAGAGGAUUUGAGAAAGAUGGUUGCAGACGAGAAGAUUGGCGGAAAGAAUGAAAUUGAACGGCCAAAUGGAAUAAUCAAUGGAUCUGGUGAAGAUAAGGGUGAAAAAUUAGAGAACGUGGAAACUCUUAAAGGUCUGCCUGAUAAAUAUAGAAGACGAGAAAGAAUAAUCAGAAUGUGGAAGGAAGCAUCGUUGGAGGGAUCAUCAAUGGUUUCUGAAGAGCAGUAUGAGAAAUUAAUGUCAUCGAGUCUACAGAGACAGCAACAAUCUCAGCAACAAACGGUUGCAUCUGGUCGAAAUGAUGAUGGUUUCUCAUUCAGAUCACCCACUUCACCGACAUGCUUUACAUCUCCAAAUUCACCUACAUCAUCCGCAUCACAUAGCCCGUCCCAAUCACUUCAGUUGUUUUCAGAUGAUUCGUCUUUAAACCGAAUGCGUACGACAAGAGCAAGAGCGAAAUCUGUGUCGGAAGCGUAUCAGAAGAGACAAAAAUCCGAGAGAAAAUUCAGAGAAAAUGUGUUUGCUAGUUGA